AUUUUUCCUUGCACAUUCUUUCUUGCACACUUUUUUCUAUUUUUAUCCAUUUUAAUUUUAUCCAUUUUAAUUUUAUUAUUUCAACAUUAUUCCAGGGCUAUAUUCAUAAUUUCAUUCAAAAUCAAAAUUACAUUCAAAAUUUAUAUUUAGUAUCACAUUAUUAAUCUGGUAAAAUUUGCAAAGGAAAAAAUCAAUAAAAGAUUCUAAAAAAAAACAAGACAGGAAAAACGUUUCAAAUGUUGGAAAAGGGAAAUUCUUUUAAUAAUAAUUCAAUUUCUAUUCAAAAUAUCCAAAACUCCAAAACCACUAACAACAAUAGCAACGAUAACAACAACAAUAACAACAAUAACAACAACAACAACAAUAACAACAAUAACAACAACAACAACUCAAAAAAUAUAAAAUCAUUCAAACAAAACUUAUCCACAAAUAAAAAAAAUCCAGCCUUCAAAUUUGAUAAAGAUGAUAAAACUGACAAACUAAAAACAAUAAAUAAAAUCACUAAGAUCUCUCAAAAAAACAAACUAAUUAAUAUCUCUGUUCAAAAUCCUCGAGUUAAAUCAGAAACUCUGUUUAGUCCUCAAUUUCUAGCAAUCUCUCAAUCUCUCCCUUAUAACACUAUGAAUAUGAACAUGAACAUGGACAUGAAUAUGGAUAUGAACGUAAAUAAUUUAAGCAAUAUAAAUAAUAAUAAUCUAAACAACAACUUAAACAACAACUUAAACAACAACUUAAACAACAACUUAAACAACAACUUAAAUAAUAUCAAUGCUAUUGCAAAUCUUAAUAAUAUAAAUACCGUUUCAAAUUUAAAUAAUUUUAAUUUGUCAAAUCUAAACAAUUUAAACUCUUUUGACUUAAAUGGGUUUAAUAUGAGCACUAUUGGCAUGAACAUUGGAAUAAAUAACAUUACAAACAUGAAUAAUCUCAAUAACUUUAAUAAUCUUACCAACCUCAAUAGUCUUAAUAAUCUCAAUAACAUUAACAAUCUUAAUAACAAUCUCAAUAAUAACCUUAAUAAUCUUAAUUUCAACAAUCUCAACAAUGUUAAUAACAUGAAUGGUUUCAAUAAUCUUUCAACACUAGAAAAUUUUGGCAACCUUAACAGUAUGAAUUCUAUGAGCAAUAUAAACAACAUGGCUGUUAUGAAUAA